GAGUGAGGUGGCGUGUCUCCCCCUGGGAGCAGCCCCCCCAUGCCAUGGCCAGUGUGGCAGUGAAGACAAUCUGGCAGUCCAAAGAGAUCCACGAAGCUGGAGACCCCCCUGCAGGGGUCGACAGCCACUCCCAUCUGGUCCCCGAGGCUCCCACCAGCCCGGCCAAGGGGAUCGCAAAGAAAAAGAAGGCCGUGUCAUUCCACGGGGUGGAGCCCCGGAUGUCCCAUGAGCCUAUGCACUGGUGUCUGAACCUCAAGCGGUCCUCGGCCUGCACCAACGUGUCCUUGCUCAACGUGGCUGCCGUGGAGCCCACCGACUCCUCAGGCACUGACUCAACCACGGAAGACAGUGGCCCGCUGGCACUGCCAGGGCCUCCUGCCUCGCCUACCCUUCCCUGGGCUCCAGAUGACCCAGACAUCACCGAGAUCCUGAGUGGGGUCAACAGUGGACUGGUCCGAGCCAAAGACUCCAUCACCAGCUUGAAAGAAAAGACCACGAGGGUUAAUCAGCAUGUGCAGACCCUGCAGAGUGAGUGCUCCGUGCUGAGUGAGAACCUGGAAAGAAGGCGGCAGGAGGCAGAAGAGCUAGAAGGGUACUGCACUCAACUCAAGGGCCGUCGCCCUGGUUUCCUGACCCAGGAGAACUGCCGGAAGGUGACCCGGUCGGUGGAAGAUGCUGAAAUUAAAACCAACGUCUUGAAGCAGAACUCUGCCCUGCUAGAGGAGAAGCUGCGCUACCUCCAGCAGCAACUGCAGGACGAGACGCCCCGGAGGCAGGAGGCCGAGCUGCAGGAGCUGGAGCAGAAGCUGGAAGCCGGCCUCUCCCGACACGGCCUGGGCUUCACGCCGCCGCCCCAGGGCUGCUCGGGCCCGCCCGGGAGUCCAGACGAGCUCCCCAGGCUGCGCGGCCUGCUCCCCGGCGGCUGGGGCCUGGGGCCCCGGGGAGGGGACAGCCUUUACGGGAGCGAGCAGGAGUUACAGAAGGUCUCCGCCGGCCUCGAAGAGCUGAGGAGGGAAGUGUCUUCGCUGACUGCCCGGUGGCAUCAGGAGGAGGGGGCGGUGCAGGAGGCCCUGCGGCUGCUCGGGGGCCUGGGCGGCAGGCUCGACGGCUUCCUGGGCCAGUGGGAGCGGGCACAGCGUGAGCAGGCACAGACGGCGCGGGGCCUGCAGGAGCUGCGGGGUCGUGCGGACGAACUGUGCACCAUGAUGGAGCGGUCAGCAGUGUCUGUGGCUUCGCUGAGGAGCGAACUGGAGGGGCUAGGCCCGGUGAAACCGAUUCUAGAGGAGCUGGGGCGGCAAUUGCAAAACUCUCGAAGGGGAUCUGACCUCUCCAUGAACUUGGACCGGUCUCCCCAAGGCUCCUGUGCCCGCUGUGCCAGCCAGGGGCAGCUGUCCACGGAGUCCCUGCAGCAGCUGCUGGAGCGUGCACUGACGCCGCUGGUGGAUGAAGUGAAGCAGAGGGGCUUGGCUCCGGCCUGCCCUAGUUGCCAGAGGUUGCACAAGAAGAUUCUGGAGCUGGAGCGCCAAGCCUUGGCCAAGCACGUCAGGGCCGAGGCCCUGAGCUCCACCCUUCGGCUGGCCCAAGACGAGGCCAUGCGGGCCAAGAACCUGCUGCUAACGGACAAGAUGAAGCCGGAGGAGAAGGUGGCCACUCUGGACUAUCUACACCUGAAGAUGUGCUCCCUACACGAUCAGAUCAGCAACCUGCCACUUGAGGGGCCCACGGGGACAAUGGGGGGAGGAAGUACUGGGGGGACUCCCCCAAAACGUGGGGGCCCAGGCCCUGAACAGUAAAAUAGCCCCUCAUGCUGGCA